AGUUUCGAUGUACAAAGAACUCGAGCGCGCAGUUACGGUAUCGAUAAAUACACUAUAAGACAUUUUAACAUUUGCACAGGUUUUCAUCACUAAAUCAGGAGCUGGUCCAAAUUUUACAACUCAAACCGAAAAAACGUAAGUUAUUUGUUUAUUACAUUUUCGUUGCAAAGUAAGAUUUAUAUUAACAAAUAAGAAACUAACUAAGAAACUUUGAUUCAUAUUCCUAUAAAUAAAAGAUUAGAAAAAAAACAACGACAACGAACUUUUAUUUUUAAAUCUGCAAAUAAGUUUAUUUAUAUUAAUGAUUAAGUAUUGAAUUUAAAUAGUAAUUUUGGCUGAAAUUUAAAGAACACGAAGCAGGUGUAUUGUUAAUGCACGACUAGAUUCAAAAUCUAACAGAAGCAUGGGGGGGGGGGGGGGGGGGUGGAAAAAAGUUGUCAUUGCGGUGGUCAAACUUCUCUAUGGUCCGCGGUUGAAGAGCCUUUUCCCAUAAAGGCCAUGGUUUGGUUUGGUUAAGGUAAAGGGUUAAUUUUUAAAAAAAAGAAAAUUACUAAUGCUUUAUUCUUUAAACUUACUUUUUGAAAGCUUUUUAUUUAAAUUUGUAUCACCGAGCCUUGAGCGAAUCGGUUUUCGCGCAUUUAAACACACUCGCUCACCUGGACGAUAUGUCGCAUACAGCUUUUACUAGUGCAAGGAAAUAAGCACAAGAUAGGGAGAACCCUGUAUAAAAGACAGCAUGGAGCAACGUACGUGUCGGCAGAUAGCCUUCUUCAAGAAAACAACAAAUAAACUGAAAAUGAACAGAACAUAAUGUAUCUGAUGGUAUCUGAUGCUGUGGGGGAGGGGGUGUCGAGAAAAGUAAAUGAAGUACAUUUGGUUUGCGCAUACACAUUUGACUUGUUCAUAUACAUGGGACUUGUGCAUAUACAUUGACUUGUGCAUAAAAAUUUGAUUUGUAGAUAUACAUUUUCCUUGCAGUGGGUUAACAUAUAUACAUUUUGUCGCAUUUUAGACGGAAAUGUCUUUAAUCGUUCAAAUAUAACGUGCAAAAUUCAAAAUAAAAUUCAGCUGGCAAUUUCAAUGGAUUAUAGCUACAAUCGAAAUAAAACACAUAUUUUUUAAUGUUGCUCCACUGAAAAAGAAACUUUCAGGUGACUUUCUAGUUAGCACCACUUUUGAUUUCAGCAUUAUUUUUUUUAUUUCAGCAUCACCUUUGAUUUCAGCAUCAUUUUUUCUAUCAGCAUCAUCUUUGAUUUUAUCAUCACCUUUGAUUUCAGCAUCACCUUUGAUUUCAGCACCACCUUUGAUUUCAGAAUCACCUUUGAUUUCAGAAUCACUUUUUAUUUCAGCGUCACCUAUGACUUCAGCAUCACCUUUUAUUUCAGCAUCACCUUUUAUUUCAGCAUCACCUAUGACUUCGGCAUCAUCUUUGACUUCACUAAAGUAUUACAUCAAAGUAUGAAAUAAAAACUUGUGCCUAUAAACAACUUUUGUAAAAAAAGCCCUGAGUGGUGGAAGCCCAACUCGUUCUCCCCAUGGACCUUGGUCAGUUCUGCAUCUAUUGUCCUGCAGCGUUUCUUUCAGACAAUUCGUUGGAGAGAUUCAGAUUUUCGGCCGGGAAGUGGCAGAGGGAGGGGGGCGAUUCCUUCUAUCUAUGGAGGGGCAGCAUUUUCGGCAAACUGCAGAGUUUUUAUGGUGAAAGGGGGUUUGUAAAAAUCUUGACCCACCCCCCCAGGUGGCACUAAACCGUCAUCAAAACCAAGCAUGAUAUGAAUAAAAAAGAAAUAAAUUAAGAAAUUGUGUUCCAAUACUAAGAUGUGGGCCUCGGGCAGAAAUACCCAUAGCUACGCCACUGCUCAGUAGUGAAAUUAGUGGAGAAAAGCAGUGUCGUCUUAAGGCAUGGGCACACUGGGCACCUCAUGCAAUGGGGGGGGGGGGGGGGCGGGCUUUUUACCCCCGGGGGGGGGGGGGGGGGGGGGACGGACUUCAUGCCUCUAGGGGGCCUCGCGCCUCUAGGGGGCCUCGCGCCUCUAGGGGGCCUCGCGCCUCUAGGGUGCCUCACGCUUCUAGAGGUAUUGUGCUGCCAAUAUUAUUAGUGAAUAAUUGAAACAUUUUAGUUAUUUUCAAAAUGAAAGCGGAAUCCCAUUUUUCCAGUUUAUUUAAACACGUUUUUAGAUUCUCACAUCAAUUCAAUUGUUUGGUACCAGCUUUAGAAAAAAAAUCUUUUGAUAAAUUAUCAAUUUAAAAAAAAUCCAUGUUUUUUAUUGUUUGGGAGGAGUAAAUCAAAAAGUCUUACAGAAGGCACCAAACUUUCAUUUUUGAGUAAAUUAAAAAUAAGAAAGUUGUAGUUGUUAGAAAUUACAAAUAACUUUUAAAGUUACUGCAUCUGUUUGGAUAUUCGUGCUGUCCAAUUUUCCCUCAGAUAAAUCGCAUAUCAAUAAAUGUAUGAAGCCUUUCGUAAAUAUUUUUUUUUAAAUACCAUUUAGAUACGAUGUAUAUAAAAAAAAUGACCUGUUUUAAAUAGCCAUACACAAUUUAGAGACCUUUUUUUUUUUUUACAAAACCGUAAUUUUUCUAAUAUUUUGUAACCGUAAAUUUUGGGUGAAAACUACUUAAGUUUUAAAUUAAAUCCAAAAUGAGAAUUAUUAUAGUAAUACACUAAUAGAAAGUUUGUCGUUUUUUUUUAAAAAAUCUGACGAUCAACAGUUUUGAAUAUAUUUUUUUGGGGGGGGGGGUGGAUGGGGUAUUUAUAUUCAUUCAUUGAUGAAUUAUUUUUUUAUUUUUUUUUUUGUCUUUUUAAGUAGGCGACUCACUCUACGACGCCGGCGCCCUUUGUGAAGUCAUAUAAUAUUGUAUUUUUCAAAAUAAUAUGACCUUGUUUUUAAAUUUAUAAAACGCUGAACGGAAUAUAUAAGAAAUUUAAAAAAAUAUAUUUAGAUUUUAUAACUAUAAAAUAUUUAUAUUUUAAAAAUAAUUACAUCAAUUAAACUUGAUAAACUUUAUCUGAUUAUAUCCUAGAGUGGCUUUCCCACUUAUCCUAAUAGUAUUGCCUCCGCUAAAGUUAUGUUCAUUUUGAAAUAGGGCACUGAAAUCAUUUUUCAAAUUGUUCAGACCUGACAUAUACGAUGCUCUAGAAUUAAUGCUUUCUUAAAUGAUUGACACCAUUAGGCGAGUUGUGACUUCAAUGGAACUGAAUACCAUAAGAGACUUCUCAUCUAAUAUUUUUGCGCGCAGGAAGUGAAAAUGGAUCACCCAUUCAUUGCCGAUUUCUUGAGUUAAAAUAAAAAAUUCCCUAAAAGAAGUGUACACAAGUACACAAGUACUGUUUCCAUGAUCAUCUACUAAAAUAGGUUUUGUAAAAAAAUCAGUGGAUAAUUGAACUUUAAAUUUAGUACGAAGGAAAGCAAAUAAUUAAUGCUAUUGAACUCAAACAUUUGUUGUUGCAUCAAAGACGGAGAGAUGGUUACACAUUUAUUGCUGUAUCAAAGAGAGAGAAAUUGAGACACAUUUUGUACUUGCUGUCACGGAAACAGCUUUCUUAACUGAGCCACCUUUGCUUCGUAACUCUGAAGAAAAAAUAAAGAUAAUCUAAGAUGAGCUUUUUCAUUUUCUCUAAUUUAUCUUUAGAGAAAAUGAAUCAAAUUCUGUUUUGAAACAUUUCCAUAUCUCCUAUACUACAGUUGCCACCAUCUGUUUCCAUCUUUCCGGUUGAUCAAAUUUGAUUAGCAUGAAGACACGCCCAUUAUUAUUUAGAUAAUUAAUUUUAAGUCAAAUCAAUGUGUUAGUGAAGGUUAACUAAUUAAUAAGAAUUUUUUUUUUUAAAAACGUAAAGACUUAGUCAGUAACAAUAAACCGUGUGUCACAGAGUUCGUUGACUGCAAGCCUCGGUUUCGAUUGGUCAUUGCGGAUCGGGGGAGCUCCCCUAGUGUUGUGUAACUUGUAGACGGGGAAUUUUUUGUAUAUUCAUUUUUUUUUUAAAGAUAAUUUUUUUUUAUUAUUUAUGUCUAGGUUAAUCUCAUAAAAUGAUAUGUGACUCAUAUGUUAUUUUUUAUGUCUAGGUUAAUCUCAUACGAUGAUGGGUGACUCAUAUGUUAUUUUUUAUUUCUAUGUUAAUCUCAUAUGAUGAUGGGUGACUCAUAUGUUAUUUUUUAUUUCUAGGUUAAUCUCAUAUGAUUGAUGGGUGACUCAUAUGUUAUUUUUUAUUUCUAGGUUAAUCUCAUAUGAUGAUGGAUGACUCAUACGUUAUUUGUUAUUUCUAGGUUAAUCUCAUAUGAUGAUGGGUGACUCAUAUGUUAUUUUUUAUUUCUAGGUUAAUCCCAUAUGAUUGAUGGGUGACUCAUAUGUUAUUUUUUAUUUCUAGGUUAAUCUCAUAUGAUGAUGGGUGACUCACGACGCCCUGACCUCAGGCGUUGGUUGGAGAUGAUGGUCAGGGAAGGCAGGUGCCAGGGAUUGACUUGGGAAAGCGAAGAGCACAAACUCUUCCGUCUGCCAUGGCCGCACCAGAAGAGCAGGGACUGGAAGGAGGAAGACUGCCAGAUACUCAUUGAAUGGGCCAGACACACUGGCAAGUAUAAACAGGGUGACCCCUUAGACUUUCCCACGUGGAAGACCCGGAUCAGAACAGCCAUCAACAAAAACAGAGAGAUCAAAGAAGUUCCGACUCUGCACAAACUUGAAGGUUCGAACCCCUACAAGGUUUAUAGGUUUUUGCCGACAUCCCCAUCUAGAACCAGGAGGGAGCAGUUAUCCCCUUCGCAUCCUGGGAGCGACUCCAGUCCUUCCCCAACACCCUCGGUCAACGAGGUCUUCGGGCAGUCAUUUAAGUCUGAACUGUCAACAACAGGGAGUGAGCUACCAGCCUUCCAGCAGUUGGGGAUGAUCAGCACUGCCAUACCGGGCGUGUCGUAUCAGUAUCACCCACAGGAGACCAUAUUGUCCCAAAGCUUGUUGGCAGGGAGUAGCUAUACGAGGGUAUCCCCACAGAACAUCCUAGAUGUCAAGGACAACCCAUUAGCUUUUAUAAUGUAUAUUCCCCAUCAAACGGGUGACAGCUCCAAUGUACAAUCAAGCACAGAAGACAUGGACACCUCCGACGAUGUCCAGGCCACCAAUUUACUGUCCACAACUCAGACCCAGCUUCAAAACAUGCAUGUUGCAGGUCAACUUGAUCUAGGCCUUCCUUACAAUUUAUUCAACGACAACCAGACGUAUCACAUCAAGGAUAACCUUUCAUCCAUGGGCAAGGACACGAGCAUGCCUUCUGAUCUCAAGUCCAUCGAUUCCCUGGAUUUGAUUCCACCGAUUGUAGACGGGCUCCAAAAGAAACCGGAUUUUUAUCUGCACGUGCAGGUGUUGUAUGGGACGACGCCUGCUCAAGUCGUCAACAGCUCCAGGGUCAAAACGAAACACUGUCGGCUGUUCUUCGGUUCUCCGAACAGGAGUUCGGGGCAAGAGACGGGCACGUCCGCCGCACGGGAUGAGAUACAGAUGCCGGACUUUAAUGAACUUCCACAUUUCGAUGAAAAACAAAAAAAGAAAAUUAACGAAGCGCUAUUUGAGAACGAAGGAGGGGAGGUCAUCCUGACCUACUCGGACGAAGGUGACGUAUACGCUGAGCGCCGAUGCCUGACGCGUGUCUUCUGCUCCGAUGGCGUCGCGGAGAGUGAAGUUGUUCCCAGGACUAAGAAGAAUCGCCCGGUGGUCCCCUCCAAAGUAUUCGAUUACACGAACAGAUUCUCGUCGGAGCUGAAAUUGCACCAAUCUGACCCCCAACAUCCGCCCCCCAGGGAUCAUUUUGUCCUGACCUUCGGUCACGAGAUCCUCAAGAACGAUGACCGUCCCCUGCGUGUCGUGCCCGUGUUCGUCGUUGUACGACACGUGCAAGCCGCGCUAGAACGGCAACCGUUUGCUAAAGCUACCGUAGGAAAUGCCCUCAUUUCGGCAGAUUCUGGUUCGUUCGAAAAGGUGGUUUCAAUAGGGAAAGAAAAAAUAGACAUUUGAUUAAAAAAAAAAAAAGCUAUCACCUUUUCGACACUGGUGUAAUAGUAUUUGCCCAGUCUGUGUACAGGAUCUGAACAUAAUCGCCCGUAAUAUUUAGACUAGAACGGCACCCGUUUGCUAAAGCUACCGUAGGAAAUGCCCUCAUUUCGGCAGAUUCUGGUUCGUUCGAAAAGGUGGUUUCAAAAGGGAAAGAAAAAAUAGACAUUUGAUUAAAAAAAAAAAAAAGCUAUCACCUUUUCGACACUGGUGUAAUAGUAUUUGCCCAGUCUGUGUACAGGAUCUGAACAUAAUCGCCCGUAAUAUUUAGAGUGUAGACAGCAGGGAUCAUCAAACAACUUAUUUAGCCAUUAAAUUAUAUGUUUACUCCAAUGUCACCUCCAUCCCUAUUUGUCGUGAUGCAACAAUUUAAUUGAGUAUUUAUAUUUAAAAUGGAUCAUUGAAUCGAGUAUAACGGAGAAUACAAUUAUUAUAAACGAAUGUUUAACGAUAAAUGCGAUAAUAUAACUAAAUUGAAAUUUUCGAUUUUUUUUAUAGUAAGAUAAAACAAAAGGCGACCAAACCAAAAUGACGUGAACGAGACGAGGCGUAUGAUAACGGUCGCUGCUAAGCCAGUCCUAACAACUAACGUUUGGAAAUAAAUAAACAGUAUAACAAGAUAUGUUGAGGCUUGACCAAAAAGAAACAAAAAAGGCAGGACACUUAAAAAGCCGUUUCGGUUUAACGCUUUCUUCCGCAGACGAGACAGAUAAAUAGAACCGAGUUAUCAUCUUGCUCUACUAUUUCGUUACUACCCAAACUUGUCAGCAGUCACACUUAUUAUUGUCCCACUUAUAGUGUCACACACAUGAUGUCACACAUAGUUUGUCCUUUUCCCUGUUGUGAGUGUUUUUGUCUGAUCCCCCUGGCCAGAUUCAGUGUUGCAAGAACUAGCAUUGCCUUAGUGACAUGAGAUAUUUUCUUAAAUACAAUUUUAAUUAGGUCUUUUGAGGGUUUAAUACCUCCAAGAUUUUCUGUUUAUCCCAACAGGGGUACACUACCCUUGUUCGCUUAUCACUGGCAUGUAGGCUACAACAAUAUCGACUGUAAUAUCCAGUCUGUGGAUUGGGGUAUAACAACGUUGACUAUAAUAUCCAGUCUGUGGAUUGGGGUACAACAACGUGGACUGUAAUAUGCAGUCUGUGGAUUGGGGUAUGUUUUGUUUCAUAAUUAGAUAACGUAUUAUGAAUGAAGUACAACAGUUGACGUAGGCAUUAUGGAGUUCAAUGGUUGACGUAGGCAUUUUGAAGAUAUGAAGUUAUUAAAGAG